UCACUCUGAGCUAGACCACUCCCUCUCUGUGAACGGAAGAGCAGUCUAGUCUUUCUCGUUACUUUGUUGCCAUCAGACGUUUCUGUUUUAGGGCUAUGUUCGCAGCCGAGAAUGGCGGACGCCAACGCGAUUGAGGAACUCCACUCGGAGCUCACCUGCCCGGUGUGUUUGGAGCUGUUCCAUGAUCCGGUGAUCCUCGAGUGCGGACACCACUUCUGCCAGGUGUGCAUCAUCCAGUGCUGGGAAGCCAAGGCGGACGAGUUGUCGAGUUGCCCAAAGUGUAGAAAGUCGAGCGGCCGUAAACUGCGACCCAACUCGCUUCUGUGCAACGUCGUGGACAGUGUGCGGAGAGCCCGGGCCAUGGACCCAGCCGCGGGGAUAACCGGAUGGCACUACGAGGGUGAGCUGGAGGAGCCGGAGGAACGGGAGCUUGGGUCCAGCAUGAGCAGCCUGGCCUCGUCCGUCGGCCACUGGCCGCGCCUGGGUAUGGAUAUGUGCGAGGAGCACGAGGAGAAGCUGAAGCUUUACUGUGAGGACGACCAGCUCCCUAUCUGUCUGGUGUGCGGCAUGUCCCGGGACCACAAGACCCACAAUGUCAUCCCCAUUACCGAGGCCUUUGAAAACUACAAGGAUAAGCUGUCUGUCGCUCUAGAGAGGGUUCAGCUGCAGACAGAGGAGGCCACGGUCUUCCAAAGACAGACCAAUGAAAAGAUCCUUCUCGUUAAGGAGCGAGCAGGAGAUCUGGAGGAGAUGGUCACUGCAGAGUUUGGCCUUCUGAGGGAGUUCCUGCUCGAGGAGGAGGAAUGCAUAAAGGAGAAACUGCAGAAGCAGAAAGAGGAGAAGCUCGACCACCUGGAGAAGGCGCUCACUCAGACUACAGAGCAAAUCAGCAAAAUGGAAUGUAUGGCUGACCAGCUUCGCCUCAAACUGAUAGAGGAAGAAAACCCAAAGCAACUCAAGGGAAUCAAAGAUUUCAUUGAAGGGGCUGAAAGCUUGUUUGAGCGCCCCCCAGAGCUGGGUGUGGAUCUGCAGUCAGGAGAGUUCCUGGGACCUCUGCAGUAUAGGACCUGGAGGAAAAUGAGCUCAGUUUUUCAGCCAGCUGUCACAGCGGUGACCCUCGACCCAGACACAGCCUACCCCCGCCUGUGGGUAUCCCCGUGUUGCACCAGCGUCCAGGUAGGAAAAAUCCAGCCCGACCUGCCCAACAACCCAGAGCGCUUCACUCUGUACAACAUUGUCCUGGGCUCUGUAGCCUUCUCCUCUGGUAGACACUACUGGGAGGUGGAGGUGGGCUCCAAGACAGCAUGGGGUCUGGGUGUGGCCAAAGCCUCCGUCAACAGAAAGGAGGAGAUCAGCCUCUGCCCAGAUGAUGGUUUCUGGACCCUGGUGCUGAGGGAUAACGGCGACGGCACCAGGGAGUAUGAAGCAUGCACUGACUCAGAGGAGAGCUUGAUAUAUCCCUCUAAACCCCCCAGGAGGGUUGGGAUCUACCUGGACUAUAAUCGUGGUGACGUAGGGUUUUAUGAUGCAGGAAACAUGAGCCACCUCUUCACCUUCUAUAAUGCCAAAUUCAAAGAACCUGUUUUGCCGUACUUUAAUCCCUGGCCGAUAAUCAACGGACACAACCGGGAGCCGCUCACCAUAGUAACCCCACACUGGGGAGAGAUGUCCUCUUCAUCAGAGGACAGAUUCUGAAUGAAACUGCAGAACAAGAUUCAGCCACUGAUUAGAUGGACUCAUCUUAUGAGCUUUCACACAUCUGCCUUGUCAUAAAGACUUUGCUGUAUUAAUGAUGUGGUGGGAUGAACACGCAGGUAACCUUGACACAUUGUGUAAGACUUGAAAUAAGAAGAUUAAACUACUAAAGGACAAGACCGAUGACACUUUCAAGGCUAUUGAUAUUCUACAAUGUUGCCAUUGUCAACAAAUCCUAUGAAAAGACUAAACCCAACAGUGAAUUGAUGAUACUUACAACUGUCUGUGUAUCCAACGCAUGAUAUAUCUUAUUCCUAUGUGCCAUAGACCUCAAUUAUAUUGCAAAGAAUAGUGUAUUCAGGCAUUUCCUUCGACCUCAUGGCUCAGUUUUUGGUCUGACAUGCAUAGCCAGCUGUGAGACCUUCUAUAUAGACAGGUGUGUGCCUUUUUAAAUCAUGUCCAAUCAAUUGAAUUUACCACAGGUGGACUCCAAUCAAGUUGUAGAAACAUCUGAAGGGUGAUCACAUGAAAUGGGGUCUUAUGUUAAUGCAAUAUUUAACUUUUUCUUUUUAAUACAUUUGCAAAAACAUCUGAACUCCUGUUUUGGCUUGUUUGUAUGGGCUAAUUGAUUAUAGAUUGAUGAGGGAAAAUGCAUUUAAAGAUUUACACAUUAAGUAGACAUGAAUGGGCUUUGGGGCUGAGUAUUAUAAAAAGUACUGAGAGACAGACUAACACAUUGUAGGUCAGUCUUUUUAAACAAUAAGAAAAAAACAAAGAAUAGACAUUUCUAUUUUUUUUUAAAUUCAUUAGAAAAAGUUCCCUGUGGAGUUUUUGACCUCUAGUAGCGCUAUGAAUGUACUUGCUAGUAAACAUGGAUGUCAACAAUGCCUUUGCAAAUAUUUUGAAAAAAAUUUGUUCAGCACAUUUGUUAGAGCUCAAGGAUACACACAGCGUUUUAGUAACACUGAAUGUAUUACAUUGUUUAAAAGAAAACUCCACAGAACUUUAACUGGUCUCUGCAAAAAGGUUUCAUAAUUGUAUUAACUAAUUUUGCUGCAAUGUC